CUACACAUUUACUCUCAAUAGUUGUUCCUGAAUGCCACACGUGCUCUGUGGGAUCAAAAACACACAUUCUUUCAACAGUGUUUGGUGUGUGGAACAGUGAUUAGUGUACCGUGUUUAAAAGAAACACGUGCUAUAAAGGCAUUCAUUUUAUUUGCCAGUUAAAUUGAUUUCACAAAGAAAUAACAAUGGUGAAGUUACAAGUUCUGUAUGAGCAUGCAGCCGGUUAUGCACUAUUCAAAGUAACUCAAUUCGAAGAAGUGGCCGUACUAUUGCCGCAACUCGAAUCAUCCGUCACCGAUUUGGCAAAAUUCAAUUCGUUGGUAAAAUUGGUUGGAUUUUCACCAUUCAAAACAGCCGUUUCAGCAUUGGAAAAUGUGAACGCCAUCUCCGAAGGUAUUGUACCAGAAGAUUUGGCAUUAUUCUUGGACGGUGCCAUAACAUCCAAAGAAAAGGUCACAUUGGGUGUUGCUGAUGCUAAAUUGGGUGCUGCCAUCAAUGAAGCGUUGAGCAUUAAGACCACACACAUUGGUGUCGUACCAGAGGUGUUACGCGGAAUUCGAUUCCAUUUCCACAAUUUGGUGAAAGGAUUCACAGGCAAAUCGACUGGCGUCGCUCAAUUGGGUUUAGGACACAGUUAUUCACGUGCCAAAGUCAAGUUCAAUGUAAACCGUGUUGACAACAUGAUCAUUCAGUCGAUUGCAUUGCUUGAUCAAUUGGACAAAGAUAUAAACACAUUCUCGAUGCGGAUUCGUGAAUGGUAUUCAUACCAUUUCCCAGAGUUGGCCAAAAUUGUUACCGAAAACUAUAAAUACGCCAAAGUAGCACAGUUCAUUAAAGAUCGUAAAACAUUGACUGACGAAAGCCUUGAGGGUUUGGAAGAGAUUCUUAUGGAUUCAGCUGCUGCACAAGCAAUUAUUGAUGCAUCAAAAAUGUCCAUGGGUAUGGAUAUUUCGGUUGUCGAUUUGAUAAACAUUGAAAUGUUUGCCACACGCGUCGUCAAUUUGUCCGAGUAUCGAAAACGUUUGUCUGAAUAUUUACACACAAAAAUGGAAAGUGUUGCACCAAAUUUGCAAGUAUUGAUUGGUGAUCAAGUUGGUGCCCGUUUAAUUUCACAUGCUGGCAGUUUGACAAAUUUGGCCAAGUAUCCAGCAUCGACUGUACAAAUUUUGGGUGCAGAGAAGGCACUUUUCCGUGCAUUGAAAUCGAGAACAAAUACACCAAAAUAUGGUUUGCUGUAUCAUUCCACAUUCAUUGGUCGUGCCGGUCUUAAGAAUAAAGGACGUAUUUCAAGAUUUUUGGCAAAUAAAUGCUCGAUUGCAUCACGUAUUGAUUGCUUCUUAGAAACACCAACUAGUGUUUACGGUAGUAGUUUGCGACAACAAGUCGAAGAUCGCCUUAAGUUCUAUGAGUCCGGUGAGGCUCCACGAAAGAAUGUUGAAGUCAUGGAAGAGGCAAUGGCUUUGGUCGACACAGAAACAAUUGAAAAUUCAGCAAAGAAGAAGAAGAAGAAGGAUAAGAAACGUAAAUCAGAGGCGGCUGCGGAUGAGACAUUUGAAAAUGGAAAUGGCACAUUGAACACGACCAACGGUGACGAUAAUGGCGAGCCUCCAAAGAAAAAGAAGAAGAAAAAUAAGAAUAAGGAGUAAAAGUCUACUCUUUGAUCGAAUUGAUUUAAUUUUGCAUUUUAUUCAACUGAAUUUAAUAAAAAAAUAUUCAUUUACUACAAAACAA